AAAGCAAACACAAACCCGCCCUGCUCCCCUUGGGUGGAAACUUCCCCGGCCUCGAGCAGAGAGGGAGGGGGCGGCGGGGCGGCGGUUCCCCUCGCGGAGGCAGAGAACUGCGCGCACGAGGCUCGGGGCGCGCGGCGAGCGCGGCGGCCGCCGCCUCCUCCCCACCCCGCCUCUGCCGGCGCUGCCUCCUCCCUCCGCCCGGCUCGGCCUCCCUCGCUCCCUCCCCUCGUGGCUGGCUCCGGCGGCGGCGGCGGCGGCGGCGGCGCGGCGGGGAGGGCGUGCGCCGGACGAGAGGUGUCGGUGGUGAGGGAAGGGAAGUUUCAAGUGGAAGGUCGUCCGCCGGCCGGCGUGUCCUCCCGCUCUCCUCCGGCAGCAUCAUGGCGGAGCCGAGCGGCUCGCCCGUGCACGUCCAGCAGCCCCAGCAGACAGCCCCGGUGACAGCGGCGGCGGCGGCGGCCCCCGCGGCCGCGACAGCAGCGGCGGCCCCGGCAACGCCCGCGGCCCCGGCUCCGGCUCCGGCCCCGGCCCCGGCGGCGCAGGCCGUUGGCUGGCCCAUCUGCAGGGACGCGUACGAACUGCAGGAGGUUAUCGGCAGUGGAGCUACGGCCGUGGUUCAGGCUGCUCUCUGCAAGCCCAGGCAAGAACGCGUGGCUAUAAAACGGAUCAACCUGGAAAAAUGCCAGACCAGUAUGGAUGAACUAUUAAAAGAAAUUCAAGCCAUGAGUCAGUGCAGCCAUCCCAAUGUAGUGACCUAUUACACCUCUUUUGUGGUAAAAGAUGAACUUUGGCUGGUCAUGAAAUUACUAAGUGGAGGCUCAAUGUUGGAUAUCAUAAAAUACAUCGUCAACAGAGGGGAACAUAAGAAUGGAGUUCUGGAAGAGGCAAUAAUAGCAACAAUUCUUAAAGAGGUUUUGGAAGGCUUAGACUAUCUACACAGAAAUGGUCAGAUUCACAGGGAUUUGAAAGCCGGUAAUAUUCUUCUGGGUGAGGAUGGCUCGGUGCAAAUAGCAGAUUUUGGGGUAAGUGCAUUCCUAGCAACAGGAGGUGAUGUUACCCGGAAUAAAGUAAGAAAAACAUUUGUUGGUACUCCAUGUUGGAUGGCCCCUGAAGUCAUGGAACAGGUGAGAGGCUAUGACUUCAAGGCUGACAUGUGGAGUUUUGGAAUAACUGCCAUUGAAUUAGCAACAGGAGCAGCACCUUAUCACAAAUACCCUCCUAUGAAAGUGUUAAUGCUGACUUUGCAAAAUGACCCACCCACUUUAGAAACAGGAGUAGAGGAUAAGGAAAUGAUGAAAAAAUACGGCAAGUCCUUUAGGAAAUUACUUUCACUGUGUCUUCAGAAAGACCCUUCAAAAAGGCCUACAGCCGCCGAGCUUUUAAAAUGCAAAUUCUUCCAGAAAGCCAAGAACAGAGAAUACCUGAUUGAGAAGCUGCUUACAAGGACCCCAGACAUAGCCCAAAGAGCCAAAAAGGUGAGAAGAGUUCCUGGGUCAAGCGGUCACCUUCAUAAAACCGAGGACGGUGACUGGGAGUGGAGUGACGACGAGAUGGACGAGAAAAGUGAAGAGGGGAAAGCAGCUUUUUCUCAAGAAAAGUCACGAAGACUAAAAGAAGAAAACCCAGAGAUGGCGGCGAAUGCCAGCAGUAUACCCGAGCAGAUACAGUCCCUCUCAGUGCAGGACUCUCAGGGCCUACCCAAUGCCAGCGAAGACUAUAGAGAAGCUUCUUGUGCUGUGAACCUCGUUUUAAGAUUAAGAAACUCCAGAAAGGAACUUAAUGACAUACGGUUUGAGUUUACUCCAGGACGAGAUACGGCAGAUGGCGUAUCUCAGGAGCUCUUCUCUGCUGGCUUGGUUGAUGGUCAUGAUGUAGUUAUAGUGGCUGCUAAUUUACAGAAGAUUGUAGAUGAUCCCAAAGCUUUAAAAACCUUGACAUUUAAGUUGGCUUCAGGCUGUGAUGGGUCGGAGAUUCCUGAUGAAGUGAAGCUGAUCGGGUUUGCUCAGCUGAGUGUCAGCUGAUGUAUGUCCCUUGACAUCUCCCUGAUCUGUCAUGCCCCUCACCUCACAACACUCCCCUCAAUCUUCUCUCCCCCACCCUGUCUCCCACCCCCUCACUCCCAGUCCCCACAAAAUCAGAAGAUUGUGAAGAGUCUGGCUUCAGUGAAAUGGGAUAAAAAAGAAUUUUUUUAAACUUA